AUGGCGGACGAUUCGAUGGAAGACGUUACACUACAACGCCGUCGCGACGCUAUCGAUCGGAUAAUUGCGACAGUGCAAGCGGAACGAGCUAUAUUGUCUAUAGCCUACUUUGGCGCGAUCACCGAUAUCGAACCAUAUAUAACGGCUGCAAACACGACACCCAAAUUCGUGAUGACCGAGGGCUGCAACGAUCCACUCAGCGGCGGAACAGCUGCCGAUAAAUUCAGCAGCAAUAUAUUUUUCAUUGCCGUCGGUCAAUUGUUGCGCAAUCCCAUGUGGCAGCGCAUGAACAACGUGCUUGGCGAUAUACAGAGUCGUGUGCGAGGGCUCUUCGUAGUGCCGCGGCAUAUGACACGUCGCCAGAUACAACUCAGUCAGUUGGGCGAGCACUUUGAGUGGUGUUGGCGUAAUGGCUUCAUCAAUGCAAUGAUUCUGGUGGACGACGGUAUGCGAAACGACACCGAGCACCCCUUCACCGUUUAUGGUUACGACCGUUUUCCACAUUUACAAGUACGCCCGAUGUCGGUGCAUGCCGUGUGGUUUAGUGAUAAACUGAAGAAUUUCCAACGCAGCAGUAUCCACACCAUUUAUCAAUACGAUCCACCGCGUGUUUUUCAAAUACAAAAAUCCUGGGCGGAGAAUGACGUGAAAACCGUCGGCUACGCGGCUGAAAUGUUGCAAGCAUUCGCGCGGGCACACAACGCUACGCUGGACAUCAUAAUGCUGAACAAUUCAAGUCGUUAUAAUAUUAUGAGCGUCAUUGAUCAGUUGCGGCGCGGCGUUUUGGACAUUGCAAUGAAUCCAUAUUUCUUUUAUCCGGGUGUGCGUCUAAGCUAUCCUGUACGCAUGUUGCAGUUUGCUAUUGUGGUGCCAUCCAACGGUGAAAUUGAACGUUUCCAUUACUUUGUGCGUCCCUUUCAAACGCAGACUUGGAUCUGCUUUUUGCUGGGUCUCUGCUAUUUGAGUUUGGUGCGUCGUCUGUCGGAGCGGUUAAGCGCCUAUUUGUACCCACAUCUGCAUCCCAGCUUCGGACGCGGUUGUCUUGAGAUUUGGCGUCUGCUGCUCUUUCUGCCCAUCAAUAUACCUAGCGAACGCAAGUGCUUUCGUUGGCAUGGCGCCGCCACAUUUUUGCUUACCGUUAUACUGGGCUUCAUUCUGACCAAUCUCUAUCAGGCUUCGCUCACCAGCUUUCUCGCCACAUCCGUCUUUCGUCCGCAACUAAACACAUUGAUGUCAGUGUUCGAGCACAAUGUCAGCGUGAACACCAACUAUAAUGAAAUGGAAUUCAUACGCAACAGCAGCAGUUUGCCGCGAGAUUUCGGUCGUCUGCUGAUAGCGCGCGAUCCGAGCGAUUUGCGUGACGAACUUUUCGCCUUGCGGCCACGCGCUUAUACCGCCUGUGUGGAUGUUGUCAACUUUGCUUUGGCCCAGCAGCAGCACAUGGAUCGAAAGCCGCUGCACGAGUGCGAGGAAAGAAUAACCACGCUGCCGUUCGGUUUUAUGCUGCCGCCACGCUCACCUUAUGAGCACAUCGUGAAUCGGUUCAUUUUACGCGCGGAGGCGGCUGGACUGACGGUCAGAUGGCUACGAAGCGCAAAUACUGACGGAUUUCGUGCGGGUAUCUUACGUAUGCGUGUAAGAAAUCUACCCCCGAAGCAACCUUUGAAUUUGGAGUAUUUUCAAUUCGCCUGGAUUGUGUGGUCCGUGGGAUUGUUGUGCGCUUUAUGCGGAUAUGCUUUGGAAAACCUGCGAUAUUGGUUGCAGCGGCAAAAGUCAAUAAUGGUGCGCUAUUGCAUGCGCGGUGCGUUGAAGAUUUUAGAAAAAGUUUGA